AUGCUUUCUGGCCUAGAUCCCUCACCUAGUCCACCGAUUUGCUCCGGCUUCCCACGCUCCAUCCCGCAUGGUCACCGGGUCCAGAUCUGGUUGGAUCUCAUCAAACGAUCUGACACCCGUGUGUCUGCGCAAGGGUGCGUUUCCGUCCGUCUCUGGCCGCGCUACCGCCCAACCGGCUCGCCAAUCUCUAAGCAUCAACUUGUCACAUCUGACGGCCUGGGCGUGUAUCGACCUCGUACCGUGCGCCAAUGGUCUUGGUGGGCAUCAUCACAACCAACCUUUGGUGACCCGUUACAAAGUUCACAAUACCGUUCCUACGGCCGUUCGCCAUGCCUGUCCGCUGCCGCUGCCAAACAUCCACAACACAUGGCGAUCCAACAGCCAAUACGAAUAUUCAAAGUCAGCUAG